CCACAGGCCCCUGCCCCAGUCUCAGUUCACAGCUGCCCUGGGCAGGGAGGUGGUGGCCCCUCUGCUGUCAGACCGAGCCCCGAGAGACGCCUGAGGCAGAAGAGCCCGGAGCCAUGCGGAGCCCUGGGGCCCUGCUCCUGCUGCUGGCCGCCUGCCUGGCCGCGAGUGCUGACCCCGCACCGCCGCCCGACGACAUCCGAGUGCAGGAAAACUUCAAUGUCUCUUGGAUCUACGGGAAAUGGUACAACCUGGCCAUCGGCUCCACCUGCCCGUGGCUGAAGAAGAUCAAGGACCGGCUGAGCAUAAGCACGCUGGUGCUGGGAGAGGGGGCGACAGAGGCGGAGGUCAGCAUGACCAGCACUCAGUGGCGGAAAGGUGUCUGUGAGGAGAUCUCCGGGGCUUAUGAGAAAACAAGCACCGAAGGGAAGUUUCUCUAUCACAAGCCCCAAUGGGGUGCAACCAUGGAGUCCUACGUGGCCCACACCAACUAUGAUGAGUAUGCCAUCUUUCUGACGAAGAAAUUCAGCCGCCGCCACGGGCCCUCCAUCUCUGCCAAGCUCUAUGGGCGGGAGCGGCAGCUGAGGGACAGCCUCCUGCAGGACUUCAGAGCGGUCGCCCAGGGUGUGGGCAUCCCUGACGACUCCAUCUUCAUCAUGGCCGACAAAGGUGAAUGUGUGCCCGGAGAGCAGCGAGAACCAGAGCCCGCCCCACUCUCGAGGGCCCGGCGGGCUGUGCUACCUCAAGAAGAUGAAGGAUCAGGGGCUGGGCAACAACUAACUAACGUCAUCAAGAAAGAAGAUUCCUGCCAGCUGGGCUACUCGGCAGGUCCCUGCAUGGGAAUGACAAACAGGUAUUUCUACAAUGGCACAUCCAUGGCCUGUGAGGUCUUCCAGUAUGGCGGCUGCAUGGGCAACGCCAACAACUUCGUCUCAGAGAAGGAGUGUCUGCAGACCUGCCGAACCAUAGCGGCCUGCAAUCUUCCCAUAGUCCGUGGUCCCUGCCGCGCUUUCCACCACCUCUGGGCAUUUGACGCUGUCCAGGGGAAGUGCGUCCAGUUCGUCUAUGGGGGCUGCCAUGGCAACGGCAAUAAGUUCUACUCAGAGAAGGAGUGCAAUGAGUACUGCGGCGUCCCUGGUGAUGGGGACGAGGAGCUGCUGCGUAUCCCCAGCUGAUGUCUGGCCUGUCUGUAAGCCGGAGGGUGGCCGGUGUCUGUCCCAGGGCCCUAUGGCAGGCCGGGGCCCUAUGGCAGGCCGGGGCCAAGCAACCUGAGUCCAAAUAAAACCCAAAUUGUAAACUCCUGAAA